AUGCAAGCUCAUUUCUCACAAGCAACAAUUAUUUUUGUCGCAAUGUUCGCGUUAGCGAUAUUCGUUUUCUUACCAAGCUCCACAGUUGCUUGUGGAGGAGGAUGUUGUGGUUGUUGUGCAACAUGUGGAAUCGGUGGCUUUGGUGGAGGUUUCGGUGGUCCAGGUUUUGGUGGUCCAGGCUUUGGUGGUCCAGGUUUCGGCGGUGGUUACGGUGGCGGUUUCGCUGUUGGAGGUUUUGGCGGUGGUUUUGGAGGAUGUGGAGGAGGUUUUGGUUGCGGUGGUGGAUGCUACGGCUGCGGAAAGAAAUAG